AUGCUAGUGAAGUGGAAAAUUCCCAAGUCCAACAUCCAUGUUGUUUUGCGCGACAACGCUAGCAACAUGAAGAAAGCCAUGGACGAGAUGGAUGUACCAAGUUUGGGAUGCUUCGCCCACACUCUCCAGCUUGUGGUGCAUGAAGGGCUACUGUCACAGAGAAGUGUGAGUGACGCACUGGCGAAUGGUAGGAAGAUAGUUGCCCAUUUCAAACACUCGCCACUGGCUACUUCACGCCUGGAGGAUAUUCAAAAAGAUCUCCAAAUGCCCACCAAACGUCUGCACCAAGACGUAGCAACAAGGUGGAACAGUACCUAUUAUAUGGUCGAGAGUUUACUGGAGCAGAAGCGGUCAAUUUCAGCAUAUGGAGCUGACCACGACCUGCCAGUUACCCUAACGGCUAACCAGUGGGCUUUACUGGAGAAAACAAUCACUGUUCUUGUACCAUUUGAAGAACUGACCAGACAGAUUAGCUCCUCCACCUCUUCUGCAGCUGAAGUCAUUCCCUCAGUCACAGUGCUGAAACGCCUGCUUGCUCGGGAGAACCAGGGGGACACAGGGAUAAAAACUAUGAAAACAACCCUUCUUGAGGCUGUCCAGAAAAGAUUCAAGACCAUCGAGAAUGAGCCCUUGUAUGCAGUUGCCACUCUUUUAGACCCAAGAUUCAAAGACAGAUACUUCACAAGUGCAGACAGCAUCAAACAUGCCAAGGAUGCUCUGACCCAAGAGGUGGAAAAGAUGGAGGUGUUACAGAGCAGGACCACACCUGAGGGAGCAGAGAGAGUGCCAGAAAACCCCCAUAAAGCCCCCCGUAUGGAAGCACAGCCGGACAGCAGCAGCAGCAGAAAGAGCAGCUUGAAAGGCCUGUUUGAGGAAAUCCUGCAGGAGCAUGAUGAGGAACGUGGGGCAAGCAGCACAAGCACGCAAGUUCAAAUACAGACAUAUUUGACAGAGCAAACGGUCCCACGCUCAGACAGCCCAUUCCAUUACUGGGGAGUCAGCGCAAUUCAGUUUCCCACCCUGGCUGCCACUGCUGCAAAGUUUCUCUGUGCUCCUUGUACCAGUGUUGACAGUGAGAGACUGUUCAGUGCAGCGUCCAACAUUGUUGACGCAAGAAGGAACAGGCUAGGAGGAGAGAGGGCAGAAAUGCUUAUCUUCUUGAAGAAGAAUCUGCCUUUGCAUUUGAAAUUAUGAGCAAUACUAAAUUGCUAGAAAUGCUACUGCAAUGUGUAGCCUACUUGUUUUAAAGUAUUUUUUGUUUACUGUUUAGCUG